AUGAUUCCUGCUGCUUCCCCCCAGAUGCAGUCCGGAACAUCUGCAUUCUCGGCGCAAUCCUCGUCGUUCGAUGGCAAGAGACCUGGUACAGCGCGGAGAGAGGAGCCGCGGGUGCUCGACGGCCGGCUGUACCAUCGGUAUGAUCCCGAAAAAGCACCAUACCCUCUAUCCUAUGAUAGGCAGGUCCUAGAGCUGGAGGCCCUGGACAAUAGGUUAAUGAAACAUCUCAAGGGCUCCACUUCCUUCAUCAACUUCAGUGAAGGCCCACCGCAACAGUCGCUCGAUUUAGGUUGCGGGACGGGGACGUGGGUGAUCGACGCGGCGAAAGAAUGGCCUGACUGUUCAUUCGUGGGCUUUGAUUUAGUGAACGUUCAGAUUUCUCUGAGGGGGCUGGACCCAAGUAUAUCGCGGCGUAUUCGUUGGGUCCACGGCAACUUCCUGACGACUAAACUGCCUUUUAAAGACGACGAAUUUGACCAUGUUCACAUCCAGUCAAUAGCAAGAGGAGUUCCUGAAAGCAAGUGGGGGGUUCUGUUCGAAGAAGUCAACCGGGUCUUACGGCCUGGAGGAGCAGUGGAGAUUAUAGAAGAUGAUAUCAUAUUCCCCGUACUCCCGAGAUGGUUUACGGCGCCGUUGCGAGCGCGACCGAGGAGAGCAUCGUCGGUACAUUUCCCAGGCGGCCCGCCACGCGACCUCUCCCCGCCGCCCAGCCUAUCGAAAGAUAUGCAUGACCACUCGUUGUUGGAGUCGCUGUUCACGUCUGUAUUCGAGUCACGGUUCAUUAACCUCAAGCCGACAGCUGUGCUCCCCAGCUAUUUCACUACCUACUUCAGGCACGUCGUAUUAGGCCCCGUAUUACACUUUCCAAUGCCUCCGCUUCCCCCGCUACAACCUCUACCACAACAGCUACCGCCUUCAUCUGCAUUCGAUACCCUUUCCACGGAUAGCGCAGACUCUAAGUCGCCUACCUUCCACCCCGUGCCCAUGAAUCGACCAACUUCCCUGUCAUUAUCUUCGACGCUGUCGGCGUCCACAAACGCCACCAAGAAUUCAUCAUUAUUUAGUCGCGCUGGGCGAGGGAAAUCAUCCUCCAUUUCUUCAAACGGAGAUACUUCGUCACUUUCCAGUGAUGCCAUUGAUGAGGAUAGCGAAACUCCAGUCAGGGAUACGACUCCAGUUCCAUUCCAACGAUAUUACAUCGACCGAUCGCUGACGAAAGACUCGACCAGUGUUUCGUCUCAACCACAAGCGCUCUUCCGCUCCGAGAAUCUGGCUGCGCUGAACGAGCGCUCUCUGGCCAUGCAUCUUUAUCGCGGUUACCAAACUGUCCUGGCCUGUGAAGGAGCCAUGUGGGAGGAGCUCAUCGAUCGAUUAAGGAACAGAAAAGAGGAGCUGAAGCCGUAUGGCUGGGAGGAUGACGAAGAGCUUGAAGCUUUACAACAUCGCAUGCGUUUCGAACGGCUUAUCGAGCGAUACCGGAGUGACAUGCAGGCAAGAAUCGCUCUUUGGUGUUCCCUCUGCGGAAUUGGUUGGCCAUUUCCUCCUAGAGAACCGCUCACGAAGGCCGAAUUGAUUGAAGAAGAACGCAUUCGGGAAGGAAUGCUGGAGGCCCGGAACUACGCAACACCGGAAGAUUUGCAGGCACCUUGUCGUGCUGUUCGUGCAUUGGUCGGCUACAAGAGUCUGCUUGAAGAACGUUAG